AUGGAUACCCUCAAAGAAACUCCCCGCUACGUUGCCUACCGGAUCAAACAGUUGGUACGCCUUCGCCGUCUCACACGCCGUGCGGCUCAGCUCCAGGAGAAGACGGGUCUUGGACCCGACGGCUCCCGGGAAUCGAUUCCUGACUCACUUCGCCAACACGCCCUUCGACAUCGGAGCCGGCUCUCGUCGCCCUCGACGGGUGCCUCAGCUGAGCCAUCCCAGGGCCGAGCCCCUCGUGAGUCCGCGGAUCAGAAGACGGCGGCCUCCGCAAGCGCCGGGCCGGUCAAGGACGACGAGGAGAAUGCCCAGCACGAGCAUCAUGAGGAGAGUGCUGCCGAAGAGGAGAACCCCGCGACGGUCGACGAGAACAAUGGUGGCAAUCAUGCACACCAUGACAGGAAAGGCAAAAGACCGGCCGGACCCAGACCUGAUCCCACGGCCGAGCCCGCGGCCGCCCCCCCUCCGGAGGUUCCUGUACGGCCUACAAUCACGGAGACCCGCCAAGACAGCGCUGCAGACAAGGGAGCUCCCGGUCCUGCCCCGAAGGAAGUUGAACGCACUCGCACGCCGAAGGUUACUGGCAACACCGAGCCUUCCCCCCUUGUGCGGAAGAUCCCGCUCUUUGCAACGAGUGAUCUGGCAGACCAUAUCAGCUGCUGGAUCUGCGGCGAGAUUUACGGCCAGAACUACAAGAGAGGUGCGGAAUGGCCGAAGGAGGUUCAUGCGUACCUGCACUGCAGGCAUGUCUUUGGCCACGAGUGUCUCUUCCGAUGGAUCGCAGACUCGCAUGCGCCCCCAAAUUGUCCCAAGUGUGGCGUGCCGCUGAGACACGCCUGCGAGCACUUGACUGUUCCGGCACAUAGGCCUCCGCGCAGCCUCUCAGAGCGCCCGUUCACGGAAUCCGACGCCGCCAUUGUGCCCUGGGAUUACGAGUGGUGCGGGACCGAUGAGGGUCGUAGACUGCGAGCUGCUGUCGACAGGACCAGCUGGUACACGGACAGGGCGGACAGCAAGAAGAGGGACGAGGACCGCGGUGUGGCCAAGUUUCGUCAAAGCGUCAUCUGCAAGUACCGGAGGUUCUUCCUGAACCGGGCGGUAAACAAGUUCAACAACAGGCAGUCGAAGUGGUGGGCCCGAAAAUGGGUGGACUUUGCAGGUGGAAGCGCCGAGUUCAAGGAGGCGAACGACCAGGUCAAGUCAGGGCGGCGGCUUGUUAAGGUGAACAAGGCUGCGCAAGCGUCCGCGAUGAGGCGCCCGUCAUGA